AUGAAGCCACCCCAGGCCCAGAUCAGAGUGGGAAGGGUCAGGGUCCCAAUAGAGGCCCAGAUGAGGUAUCUGGGCCUCACCCUGGACGGCACCUGGUGCUUCAAAGAACACUUCAAUCGCCUGGUCCCCCGGUUGAGGCUGUCUCGAGUGGAGUCAGCAGACUCAUGCCGAGAACCGGGGGACCAGAUGGAAGGCGCGUCGCCUCCACGCUGGGGUACUCAAUUCGGUAGCCCUGUACGGGGCACCGAUAUGGGCGGAAGCCCUGGCCGUCAGUCGCCCGAUACAAGCAACCCUGCGCAGGGUGCAAAGGGCGCUGGCGGUCAGGGUGGCCCGCUGCUACCGUACGGAAGCGGAGCUCCUACAUACGGGGGGGGCGGAAAACCGCUCGCCAGGACGAUAAGAAGAAUGAAGCACCAGACUCGACUGGUCCUCCUUCAAAGAUGGCAGGGACUCCUGGCUAAUGCCAGGUAUGGAAGGAGGACCGUCGAGGCCGUCCGGCCCUUCCUGCCAGAGUGGGUAGGAAGGGCCCACGGGACCCUGACCUUCGGGACCUUCAGGAUGGCACAGGUGCUCACCGGGCAUGGAUGCUUCG